UCAAGGACUUUCCGGUGGCGCGGGAAACGAACAGCGUGUAGGACGCGCAGCUGCAGGACCUUCGUUGUUCGCUGCGGAGCUGCUUCCACAGGACGUUGUACAAGAACAGCAUUACAAGAAAAAUGCCGCGCGCUCGCUCCAAGAAACUGGCAGUCCAGCCUUCAACCACCAGGAUGAGUCUGAGGAGCUUUCGCAGUGUCCCACUGGUUCCCAUGGAGACGUCCUCGUCUUCUUCUGCUUCUUCUGACGACAGCUGCGACAGCUUUGGCUCUGAUGGAGGCUUUGCUAAUACGAGGGGCAACUUGAGACAGACCAGGAGGAUGGUGGAGAAACCAAAGGUGUCUGAAGCAACAUCAGAAGAAGACACAUGCAGCGGGUUUGAGGAGACUGCGAUUCGCAGUCAGAUGAAAGCCAUGAAAGUAGACUCUGAGCCACCGAGGCGAGGCCGCAGGUCCAAUGUCCUGAAGGUUGCGUUAACAUUCCCCACUAAGAAGACUGGCACGAAGAGGCCUGCAUCGGAACCACUCCCUCAACCUAAAGUAGAGGACUCAGACUGCGAGGAAGAGGAAAACUUCAUCAGCAAAAGGGCACUGAACAUUAAGGAGAACAAAGAAAUGCUUGCAAAACUCAUGGCUGAGCUACACAAAAUACCGGGAAUCUUCCCUGGGAGGAUGGCGAUGUCCGCUAUGCCUCGACAGGCACCUCGGCGGCCCAUGAAACCCCCGGUGGCUUGCAGGAGGAACCCGGAACGCUGUUCUCGUCCCCAUACGCGGUCCCGCAGUAUGGUGGACGGACCCCCCAGCCCGACUCCCGAAGAGGAACCCGAGGAUAAGUUCAGCCUGGUUCGCAGAAGCCGUUACUACGAGGAAGACGAUGAGCCACCUCGCCGGCGCUCUUACAGUGGUGCCAAGGCCAUCCCUCAUGUGGUGCGUCCUGUGGAGGACAUCACAGAGGCAGAGCUGCAGCACAUCUGCCACAACGUGCGGGAGAAAGUGUACAACAGCUCCACUGGAUCCACCUGCCACCAGUGCCGCCAGAAAACAACCGACACAAAGACUAACUGUCGUAAUCCAGAGUGUGUCGGCGUGAGGGGUCAGUUCUGUGGCCCCUGUCUCCGCAACCGCUAUGGAGAGGAGGUCCGAGACGCCCUGCUGAAUCCGGAGUGGCAUUGUCCGCCAUGCAGAGGGAUCUGCAACUGCAGCUUCUGUCGCGCCAGAGAAGGUCGCUGUGCCACGGGGGUGUUGGUUUACCUGGCCAAAUAUCACGGCUUUGAUAACGUCCACUCCUAUCUGAAAAGCCUGAAGAAGGAGUUGGCGGAGAGCAGCCAGUGAAGUGAGGAGGACGCCGCUGAUCCUGGACCCGACUGACAUGCACCACGACCACACUCACUUCAGCCAUUUGUACUGUUUUGAUUUUUCUUCCUGCUAGAUUUCUAGGACUUGUUGAGCAAUCAGACUGAGGCACAACACAGCCACUUCACACAUACCUUCCAGCAUGUUCUCAAGAGCAGAGCCCUUAAAUUAAGGCUCUAAUUAAGACAUUUACGUUAAGACAUAAAAGCUUUGAAAUUUACAGUCUGACAAACAGCUUGUUAAUAUUUGGAUGAUGAUGAUGUACAUAUUUCUUGCACAUGUAAAAAAUUCUUUCUAUAGUUGAAUAUUUGAAUCAUCAUCCCUGUUGCAAAAAUUGUUCUCAAAUGGUCUACUGUAUUUUUUUUUUACAUUGUUUUAAAUGUACUUUCUUUUACACAGUCCACAUAGAUGUGAAUCAGGUCUCUGGCACUCCAUCGUUGAGCCUUUUUAUAAAAGUGUACCCUUUUUUCAUUUUCUUUUUCUAAAUCUGAUAAAGUGGCAAAUGUGAAUAUAAAAAGAGCCAAAUGUGUUUUACCUGGGACGUCCUGCAGACGUGGCCCACGAUGAUCUGCCUGCAGCUGAGGAGGUGCAGGUGUAAAGGGCACAGACUGGGGUCCACUGCCUCUGUGUGAUAUACUACAGCGCCUGGUUAAAUAUCCCUCAUUAGAUAACUGUCACUAAUGGUGUGGAAACAAUUAGCACACUCUAAUGGGAAUCUCAUACCUGUAAAUCAUUUUAUCCCGGUAAAGCACAUUCUCGCUCUG